CCCGUAGACUUAGCAUACGUACAGGAUACGCUCCGUUCCCGAGCCGUUGGUGGAAUCGCUUCUAGAAUUCUUGCGCAGGACCGUCCCGGCCAAACUUAAGGUCUGACAUAAUUGCGCUAGCCGCUGCUGGUGGUGGUGCUGGUGUUGCUGUUUCUGCUGCUGCUGACGACUUGGACUGCUGUCUUCCGUCCCUCCGUCGUCUGAGGAGCAGCGACUUGUGCUAGUGAAACCGUUUUCGCAACUGUUUGGCACUGACGCUGCCGCAGAUUGCAAGCUUUCGUCAGACCCGGACGAUCUGAGGCCUCAAAAUGGCUAUAGGGUGGAUCCUCAAAUGUAUCUCAGGACCGAGACUCUACAGAGUGUACAAAACGGAUACAUUCCAGGGGAAAAUUUAUGAGGCCAACUGUCUCGAAGGCUACUCAGACAACAUCAUUCGUUCCCUCGGAUACGCACUCUCGUUCGCGUGGUCUCUCGGGGCUCUGGCAUCACCUCUAAUCGCGUACUUUCUCUACCGGAAAGGCAUCGUUGGAUCGCUUGACGUCGUAUUCUACUUAUCAGGACUCGCAAAAGUCGUUGUCAUUGUAUGGGUCGGAACGCUAUGUCUCAGAGGCAUCGGCCGGUGCGCGAAUACGGAUUACCUCAAAUUCUUGGCCGCUCUCGAGAAAGCGCAGAAUGACCGAGCUGCCCUGAAAAUCUACGACGGAGACUUCGACGCGUGGCCCGUCGAUUUCACAUGGAGCGACGUCGUAAGCUCGAAAGACAAACCGCGAGUUACGACAGAGCCGUCGGCAUCCUCCGCCAGAGGUCAAGGUCUUCUGGACUUCGUCCGCGACUUGCCGUUGCGGGUCGUUGGCUUCUUAUGUAUUCACUCGUUCGGACGGAGCAUGAUGUAUCCUGGUGCGGUGAAGCUGUUCCAGGCCGCCGUGGGACCCAUGCUCCUGGAGGGACGGGCCAAACUCAUGGAGCAACACCGCGCGACUCGUUACAAGCUGGCCACGAGAGACGGCAACUUCAUUGACUCGGUUUUCGUGGAUCGACGGAACAAUAAUCUGCCGCAAGGCAAAACGUUGGUCCUCUGCUGUGAAGGCAACGCUGGCUUCUACGAAGUCGGCAUAAUGGCAACCCCGGUCGACGCCCAGUACUCCGUUCUGGGCUGGAACCACCCUGGUUUCGCGGGUAGCACGGGCGUCCCGUUCCCAGCUCAGGAGCAGAACGCUGUCGACGUCGUCAUGCAGUUCGCGAUUCACAAACUGAAAUUCAAACCGGAGGACAUCAUCGUAUACUCGUGGUCCAUCGGAGCGUAUACGGCUUCUUGGUGCGCCAUGAACUACCCUGACAUCAAGGGUCUCAUCCUUGAUGCAACGUUCGACGACGUAGUUCCUCUGGCGGCAUCCAAGAUGCCAACCACGAUUCGAGGCAUCGUCGAACGGACCGUUGCCGACUAUUUCAAUUUGAAUAAUGCCGAGCAAGCGAACAAGUACACUGGUCCCAUCCUCAUGUACAGGCGAACCAACGACGAAGUCAUCUCCACGGAUAUCAACAAUCGAUUAGGUUCCAAUCGAGCGAACGAUCUGCUCACGAAAGUAUUGCGACACCGUUUCCCCAAAGUCAUCUGCGAAGAUACAGCUUGGGUUCUUCGAGAGUGGUUGUCGGGCGACCGAUCUCACCAGAAGAUUCUUUACGAGGAGCAGCAUGUCGACGACGCUGAAUGCGAGCGGCUCCUCCAGAAAGCCGUCCAAGACGGUGACACAUAUCCCAUGCAGCUCGGUGCUGGUAUGCCGUUCGACCAGCGCGCUCAGCUGCUCCUUUACCUUGCGAAGAGGCACAUGUUCGAUUUCAACUCCACGCACUGUGUUCCUCUGCCAGUGGCGAAGUUCCAGGAGCCUUGGGACAUUCGCAAGGUUGGUUCCGCGCGCGCCGCCCUCGAAGAUAGCGUUCCCAGCUCCUCGAGCGAAAGCGAUUUUUGUCAAAUAGACCGCGACAUGUGCGAAGCUGGUGAACGCUAAAUCAAGUCUGUGAGCUUCUAUUCGAGAGCACUCUGUAAAUAGACUAGGAACCUGGAAGCGGGAAGCACAUACGGAACUUGACAAAGAGAUUGAUACUCAGAUAUGCUGCGUCGCUGAUCGCUUCAUGACCGAAAAAACGCAGGAAGGCUUGCGCUAUAUCGAGGCAAUUAAACCACCUGUGGACGGAUCAGGGGAGUCCUUCGGAAGCAGACCGGGCGAAAGCGCGGCAUGAAUCGCGCCCGCCAGGUCUCUCGUAUGCUUCCACGAUUACAAGAAGGGAUCGCUCGUGUUCCUCUUUCGAGAAAACUAUCGUUUCCGGAGUCUGUCCACGGAUUUCGUACCAGCGAGUAUUCAAUGUUAUACAUAAGUACACAAGAACUACAUGAACUCCUGAAGCAGUCUACAAUUCUUGUAUGAUGAGCCAAGGUCGGUAAUAAUUGGAAGGUUGUUCGUCACUCUGCCUGCUACAAUUUAUUGUCGGGUGAACGGUUAGAGGAACAAUGAUGAACACCUUCGCAAAUCUUAAUAUAUGGAGGCAUCGAUUAUAAUAAUGAUAAAUAAAUGUUGGAACAGUCACAGCUCUCUGUGGGGAGAGCGUUGUUCGGCUCUGUGGAGCGAUCGUGUCUUCGCCUUUUGGGUGUCUUGACGAACCUCGAAACGGAGGAGACGCUUCUGAUCGCGGAUUAGGAUCAUUG